CCUUUCUUUCUCUCUCUUCAUCUCUAAACUCAAACCAAAAUCCUACUCUCUCUGCUCUGUCCCCUCUUCUUCCUCAUCCAGACGACAACGGCUCAAUUGGUACGGGGGUUCUCUCAAUCUCACCAGAAGAAACAGCAGCAAGUUCAAGGAGAGCAAGGAGAGCAAAGAUAGACGCAAAAAAGCAGUAAUGGAUGAAACCAAGUCUUCUUCUUCUUUUGGGUUUAACAAAAGAAGAGCGGAGGGGGAAGACGAGAACGACAGGCCUAAUAAGAAUUUCCAGUUGAAAACGCGCACGCUUAAUCCUACCAAUACAAUUGCAUAUGUACGGAUGUUUUUCAUUUUUGCUUUAAUCCUCUGUUGUUUUUCUCGUGUUUGCUAAGCUUAUGGGUUUUGUUAGAAUUCGCUUGUUUUGAUUCUGAUAUAUUUUCAGAACCAUGGGUAUGCUAUUUUCCUUUUUCAAUUUCAAAUCCCUGCUUCUAAUGUGUUUAAUAAGUAGUGGUUUGCAAUGCCAGAACAAUGCUAGUUUGUUCAUUCGCUAUGGGGUUCAAUAUGUUCUUCUUUGUCAAGGACAUGUUUUAAUUGGAAAUCUUCUAGAAUUGGUACAUAAUUUAGAUUACAAAUAAUAGAUUUUCAUUAAUUCUGGCUGAUACUGGGGACUGAAUGGAUACGCGAGAUACCUCACCUUCAGUUUUGCUCUUCUUCGACAAGCAGAGAUUUAUUUUCAAUGCAGGAAAGGUACACAUGGGAUGACAUUAUCUAAAUUUAAUGUCUUCCAGAGACUUAUGUUAGCUUAUUGAUUUUACUUUUAAAGAAUUGUGUGUUAGCUUAUUGUUGA